ACGGUGCGAUCGAAGACGGAGUUGGGACAUCGCAUCUGACAGCUAGUAGAGGCGGGUGAGGUUAUCUGAUAACUUUCUGUUUAUUGUUCGGUUAUCGAUCGGCCUGUAUACACUUGUCCACAACCAGACGGGCAGAUUUCUUGAUGAAUCCACAAAAAAGACGGCAGUGGGCAUGAUGAAAUUAUCAGGAGCGGCACUUUGCCUUUGUUUGUUGACAGUGUUGGAGACAACUGUUUAUCGGGGAACUUGUUCACCGGUUAGCGUUCAAGGUUCUGACAAGGAUGCUUUCACUAUUCAACACUCAAGCACAAAGAAGUGCCUGGGUACAGUGACCUCGAAGGACUUCAGUGCCGUCACAUGUGACCCAAACAGCAGUUCCCAGUUGUGGAAGUGGGGUUCGGGUCACCGGCUCUUUCAUGUGGCCACAACCCUCUGCUUGGCGUUGGAUGUAUCCUCCAAGAUGUUGGUCCUGGUUGACUGUGGCUCCAGCAGUCUGUUGUCUUGGCGCUGCCUGGAUGGAGGUAUUUUCACUAUUUAUGAGAUGGGCCUGGAGGUCAGUGAAGGCAAAGUUGUGCUCAAACGGGACACUGAAGAGACUUGGGUUAGAGGAGGAUCCCAGGAAAACAUCUGCCAGAGGUCUUAUCGUGUUGUCCACACCAUUGAUGGGAACUCUGCAGGAACGCCUUGCGAGUUCCCCUUCAAAUAUAACGGCAGCUGGCAUCAUGGUUGCCUUCCUGAUUCAGAUUUCCCUGGACUGUGGUGUGCUACUUCUUCAGACUAUGACCAAGACAAGGAAAGGGGGCUCUGUCUGUUACCUGAGGAAGGUUGCCACACCCUGUUUGAAGGACCAGAAGGAGAAUUCUGCUAUGAGUUUGUCUCUACUGCUGCUGUGACCUGGCACGAAGCUUUGGAUUCAUGUCGUAGUCAGGGAGCUGAUCUGCUCAGUCUGUCGGGGCCCGAAGAGCUCAGUUCUACAACCUUAUUGAAUGGGCUUCGCAGAAUGCCUGAGAGGAUGUGGAUCGGCCUUCACCAGUUAGACACUUCUCAGGGCUGGCAGUGGUCAGAUGGCUCUCCUCUGACCUACUUGCGCUGGGAACAAGGAAUGCCAUCCACCUCCAUCUUGAUUGAGUCAGACUGCGGAGUCCUGAACUCCACAAAGAACUAUGAAACUGAGUCAUGCAACAAGCACCUGCCAUACAUCUGCAAGAAGAGGGGGAAUACCUCUGACACAGCAGCAACAGAGUCUUUUGCAUAUAAAGAAACAGUGUGUGAAGAAGGCUGGGCGCCAUGGGAUGGCAUGUGUUAUAAGCUGGUUAAUGACACGCCAAAAAACUUUAUGGAUGCCCAGGUGCACUGCAACAUCACAGAGAAAGGAGGAAGUCUAGCUAGUUUCCACUCCAUUGACAGCAAAGAGAUGAUCAGCACUCAUUUCCAUACAGGUGGCAGUUUUUCAGAUGUUUGGUUUGGUCUUGUUGGUUCUGGCAUGAACCCAACUGUCUUCAAGUGGAUAGACGAGGAGCCUGUCACCUUCACAUACUGGGGCACAAACCAACCUCCCCAGCCCACUCAGGAUAACAGCUGUGUCUUGUACUCUGGGGAGUCUCAUGGUUGGAGCGUUGAAAAUUGUAUACAGAAGCUGCCUUUCAUGUGUCAGAAGAAAGGAGUGGUCACAGAAUCAGGAACACAGCCCGGAUGUCCCUCUGAUGGUUGGAGGCGACACGGUAACUCCUGCUAUCUAGUGAACACCAAGCAAGUAUCCUUCAAAGACCACUGUAACUUCACCAUCAGAAACAGAUUUGAGCAGGCCUUUAUCAACCGUCUCCUUGGAGAGUACAUCAGCAAUGAAACUCAGUAUUUCUGGAUCGGGCUGCAGGACAUUAAGAACACAGGGGAAUACCAGUGGAUGAGCCAAGAUUCCACUGAUGUGGUUACAUACACCAACUGGGGUUGGUUUGAACCAGAAAGAGUUGGAGGUUGUGCUGUGAUUUCAACUGAAAAACCCCUGGGCAAAUGGGUGGUGAAGAACUGUACCCUUUUCAAAGCUGGCACCAUUUGUAGAAAAGACCUCAGUCCACCUCCAUCUCCAGAACCAGAGCCAAACCCUAAUGCAACAUGUCCCAAUGGAUGGGUGUCCAGAAACAACAUCAAAUACUGUUACAAGGUGUUUCAUGAGGAGCGGCUCAGCAGGAAACGCUCCUGGGAGGAAGCCCGGAGGUUCUGUCAGGCUUUGGGAGCCAACCUGCCCAGCUUCACAAACAUUGAAGAGAUGAAAGCCCUGAACAACAUCAUGAGAGAAACGAUCAGUGAUAAUCGGUUCUUCUGGGUAGGCCUGAACAGGAGAAAUCCUGCUGAUAGCUCCUGGCAGUGGAGCGAUGGGCGGCCUGUAUCUGUGGACGUGUUACUCCGUGAUUUUCAUGACGAUGACGCAUACAACCGGGACUGCACUGCAUUCAAGACAAUGAAGAGCACCUUGGCACACCUGUAUGUGUUACUGCUUCAUGAGGUACUGCCCCCAACUUUUUAUGCCAGGCCAUUUCACUGUGAUGCUCAGCUAGAGUGGGUUUGCCAAAUACCCCGCGGAAAGACACCAAAAACCCCAGAAUGGUACAGUCCUGGUGGGUACCAUAACACAUCUAUCUUCGUAGAUGGAUCUGAGUUUUGGUUUGUUAAAGAGCCAAAGUUGAGUUUUGAGGAGGCUGGGCUCUAUUGUAAAUCAGAGGGUGGCAAGCUGGCUGAGCCAAAAAGCAUCAAUGCUGCUGUGAAGAUCCAAAACGAACUAAAGGAGCUUUCAAGUUCUCCCAUGGAAAACUGGUGGAUUGAUAUGAGACGGCCUGGGCGAAUAGUUCCCAUUACAUACAACCAGAGGUACUUUUAUCAUUCAUUUUUCCUGGGUCGAUGUACCUUCAUCAAUCAUGAAAGUCCCUUUCCAGAGCAUGAUCGCAGUUGCCAGCUACGAUAUUGCUUUGUGUGUGAAAAACACAAUGCCACAUCAGUGGAGAUCAACCCUCUGGACCCUCGGCCUGGAGGCCAGCCUUGUGAAAAAAACUCGCUGUCCUUCAGAAAUAAGUGCUACACAUUGAUGAAAAGGAAGUCUGCGUCAUUCAUAGGUGCCAAUGAGGAUUGCCAGUCUGUGAAAGGGACUCUGGUCACUAUAUUAGAUCGGGUGGAACAAGACUUCAUCAACACCCUCUUGCCAAGUAUGGGUAAUAUGAGCGGAAUAUGGAUUGGUCUGAAAAUGACUCGAAGCAACCCUGAAUGGGUUGACCAGUCUCCUUUUGACUACAGCAAUUUUAACCCCCUCCUCAUUGGCAUGUACAAGACUUUAAAGUACCAGACAUGGAAUCUAGACAGUAUGAACAUGUGUGCAUACUUGGCUUAUAGCCCUAGCUCUGACAUGCUGGGUACCUGGGACUACAAUUCCUGCACCCAACCCCAAAGUCUGGCCAUUUGCCAACACUAUGCAGAUAAAGUAGAGGAGCCCAUUAUCCCCCCAGAGCAUUUUCAAGUCAACAACCACACCUUCCUGACAGUUAUCAAAAAUCUCACCUGGCCCGAUGCAAGGCAGGAGUGCCUGAAUCUUGGUAUGGAUCUGGCGAGUGUGCCAGAUGCUUUCAUACAGUCCACCCUCAGUGUGCUUGUGAGCCGCGCACAAAAACCCAUGUGGAUUGGCCUCUUUAGCAAAUCUGAGUCCCACUACCAUUGGAGUGACCACAGUCACACAGUGUUCAGUCGCUGGUCUAAUGAUGCCACCAGCAGCCCAUGUGUGUACCAGGAUACUGAUGGCUACUGGAAAACCACAGAGUGUGAGGAAACACUUCAAGGUGCCAUCUGCCACAAACCACACAAGGACACAAUCACUACACUAGAUGAUGUUUCUGUCAAGUGCCCUCAUAACAUUAAAGGACCAAACUGGAUCCCCUGGAAACAGAGCUGCUACUCCUUCCAGCUGGUGGCAUCAAGGUGGGAAGCGCAUGGAAGUGACCAGAUUCAAAAUACGUGCAAAAAACUUCAUGUAGAUGCGGACAUCCUAACUAUUCGGAAUGAGCAAGAAAACGAGUUUAUCAGGAGCCAACUCCUGCCAUUUAAAAGCUUGGUUCAAUUUAUUUGGCUGGGACUGUUCAAAGAUUACAAUGAUAACCAGACAAAGUGGCACGAUGGCACAAAUGUCCAAUAUUCCAACUGGGCAAAAGGGCGACCGGAUAUAAAUGGAACAUUCAUGGCUGGUCUUACCACUGAUGGCACCUGGAUCCUGAUCGAAAACGAAGACCUGUAUGCAGAGUUCAAACAACAGUCAAUUGUGACCUGCAAACUUGAUUAUGAACCCAAACAGGAGUAUAACCGAUCAUCCAAGGAUUUUCAGAACUAUGGCAGCUUAACAUAUGAAGUUGUGACCAAAAAGUUGAAAUGGUACCAGGCUCUAGAAGAGUGUAGCCAGCGUGGCGGUCGCCUGGCGAGUGUCCAUGACUUCGAGCACAAUGCGCAUAUGAAGCUCAUUGCCAAGACAGAUGGCUUCCCGCUGUGGAUUGGCCUGUCGAACCAGGAUGUCAGUGGCUCAACCUAUGAAUGGUCAGAUGGGACAAAGUUUGACUACAACCCCGGCAUCUCUGAUGAGCAGAAGGGCUCCAGUUCAAACCAGCAGGACACCAGUUGUGUUUUAAUUACCCCUGCUGGAGAAUGGGUGAGAACCAGCUGCAAUAGUUGGAGAGAUGGUGCCAUCUGCUACACCACCACCAUCACCACCACUUCCCAAAGAGCAAAACUGCAGGCUACCCCAAAGGCUAAUCGCUGCCCUCAGAGUGAUGGCACAUCAAACUGGGUUCAGCAUCAGGACCACUGUUAUGCAUUUGAUGGGAGUUUCUACAACUAUAGUGUCUACAGUAUGGAGCAGGCCAAGACAAUCUGUCAGAAGUUGGAUGCUGAGCUGCUUACCAUAAAAACGAAAGAGGAGAAUGACUUCUUGACUAAGUACAUCAGUGACAACCCUUACAUCACCCAACGAGUAUGGCUCGGCAUGGAUCUGAAAUCUCAUGGUGGUAACCCUUUGUCCUGGCACGACGGCUCUGCUGUGGAUUACUCUAACUGGAAGCAUGGGGUGCUGGUUCCUGGGAAGAAGUUGGAGGAGGGUACCUGUGCCAUAAUGAUGGCGACAGGCAAUGGACUCUGGAAUGUGGCCACCUGCAAGUCGUCCAACAGUCGUGUUGUCUGCAAAACUAAAGCAAAGUCUAAAGGCUCUCCUGUGGCACUUGGCUUCUUCAUCGUGGUCCUCAUUGCUGUCAUUUUGGCUGCCGGGUUUGUCAUCUAUAAAAAGAAAAGAUCACACUUCUCCACUACUGUCCGCUACAAGAGGACCUUCGAUGAAUCAGACACCACCAGUAUAAUGCCAGACGACUGAGCUUGCUUGGAUAAUCAGCCUCAGGGAGAACUGAUAUGCCUGCCUCAUGUGCAUUUUACUUCUACGCUAGACCAGAUUAUGCCCCUUCCCCUUUUGUUUUAAAUAUUUAUUUUCUUACUCAAGCUUGAGAUUGUUUAAUAAUUAUGCGUAAAACUGUAAAUAUUAUUUGAGAAUUGUGAAUAGCUGCCAGAGUUUCUUAAAUUGGAUUACUUAAGACUGUUUAUUAAGAGCACCUAAUGUAAAUGCUUGAGCUGACUCUAUCUGGUAAAUACUGAUCAUUGAUAAUGGUGGAGUUGAUUCAGAUACAUGCAACCUGACAAAAUCUGCUUUAGACUCUCAUUCAGUCUUAAAGGCUUAAACUGCACUGAUGCACAAGUGAUUUCAAACUUAUCAAAAACUAUGAUGCUGUGUUUUAUACUGUAAGCUAUGACUCAAACUAGCCUAAAGUUUGAUUCACACACAAGAACCAACUAAUUCAAACAUCUAAAAGGACCGGAACCCUGAAAAUACAAAAGUGCCUAUUUUCUUUGACUAUAAGUGUUUUAUGUCCAAGAUGAGUGCAAAAUGGAGGGAAAAACCGUUGAUCUCCAGUCAUAUAUAUAUAUAUAUAUAUAUAUAUAUAUUAGGAGCAAAUUAAGCUAUUCGCUUUGUUUAUUUUGACUUUAAGCUUCAUUUUAUUAAUGUGAAUUUGAGUCAAUGUUUGCAAAAAGAAAAAAAAACUUUAAAAAGCACUCUCUCAUGGAUUACAUCUUGGUUAAAGAAAACAUUUUUGUAUUUUCAGCUGAACUUUGCCUUCAAAUAGGCAGAAUUAUCUUAGUGCCUUCUGAUAUCACUGGAUAGGUUUUAUUCUGAAAAUGUUUUUUUUUUGCGUGGUGGUUAGCAGUGUCACACCGGACAGAGCAAGAAGGUUCGAGCCUUGGCUGGGGCCUUCCUGUUUGAGUUUUUUCUCCCUGUGCAUGCAUGGGUUCUCUCUGUGUACAUGUUGGAUUAAUUGGUGUUUUAAAAGGAGUGAGUGUAAGUGGUUGUUUUCUUUUUGUGUGUUGGUGCUGUGAUGGACUUUCGAUCUGUCCAGGGUGUAUCUUGCCUCUUGCAUGAUAGCAGCUGGGAUAGGCCCCAACUACUCAGCUUUGAAAUUGGGGGACACUGUCUUAGCCUCAAGAUGAAUCAGACACCUGUCUGUGCAGUUUGUUUAUGUGAAUCUGACUUAUCUAUGCACUUAACUACUGAUAAGAAUGCACUUUAGCAUCUUGAAGUGGAUAUACUUCCUGCGGUAUGUUGAAGAAAGUGUUUAGAGUUUUUACAGAUGUUCAGUUUGCACUGUUGUUUGCUGUAAAUUCUUUGUAAAUAUGUUUCUUUUAUAACCAAGAAUGAACCAAAGAUGCUCUGAGUCCUUUUGAAUGUUAAAAGCCUUAGUUUUCUUUGAGCAAGCAGCUGCCUUGGCCUGGCUUAACUGAUUCAUAUUAAGGUGUGUAACUUUUUCUUUUUAAAUUUUUCACCCCUCUGCAGGUUUAUGAGCUUGCAUCGGGUACAUUAACCUUUCAAUAAACUUGCCUGUUUACAAAGA